AUGAGCACAGCUGUUCUAAUGACUGAUACAUGGAAACCCACGGUUAUCCAACUGGUGCCGUUCGCUAACAAUAAAAUGCGUACGUCAACCGGCAAAGAUAAGCCAUACUCAGAUCAAUCGAAGGCGACCACACAAAAGCGGAGUUUUCCUGUAUUGGCUGUCACAAGAGUUGGCUCUGGAAACUCUCUUCAGGAUAGAAGCAGUCCCAACGGUAACUAUUCUUCACUUCACAAGAAGGCGGCAAACGACAAGGACGCUGGUAACGUGCAGUUGUUCUCGAGUGGGAAAAAACCUUCGAAAUCUUCUGGAAAGAAACAGUGUGAUGGAGGUCACCAUAAAAUAAGACACGAUAAAAACAAUAAUAACGUUAAUUAUAACAGAAAUGAUGUGGAUUCAAUGAUGCUUGACGAACACGGUCUUAACUUCCAUACCACUGGAGGACCAAGUGCGUAUUCAAUGGGGGACACCAGUGGAGAACAUUCUAGAAAGACCAGCGCUGCAAGUAUAGAGACAAGGACGUCAGUUGUAUCUCCGUCCGAAUCUCAAACACACAAAGUUCUACCUAAACCUUCAGUUGGGUCUGCUAGGUACUUUCUGAACCAGCAGGUCAAGGGAAUGGUGAAACCCACACCAGGAGAAGUAGAACUUCAACGAUAUAGGGACAGUUACGCUAAGGAGCAAGCACAAAAAAGGAAGAAAUAUAAACUAAACGUAAAUCAGCUUCCACGAAGUACGACUCCUAUUAAUGAUCAUGAUCCUGACAAGCUCAAUAUGAAGCAGGUCAUACAGUUUCUACAAAAUCAAAAAGUGCCAAUUAAGUCUCCAAGACCACAAGUUCAACUAAACAAAUCUUCUGAAAAACAGAUGUAUUUAGACACUUCGAGGACGGCAAGAACUGGAGCAGUUUAUAAAGCAGAAAAUAGUAAUAAGUACGAACAACAACUGUCUGAAAAAGUAGUUAUGCAUGAAAACUCUCGCAAGAAUAUUCGUGGAUCCGCUGUAAGUCGGGCGUCUCAUACUACAUCUUUUAGCACUAAAAGCACGCCUAUUAUGGCUCAGGGUGCAGACAAAAAUUCAACUGGGUUUAAAACUACGUCAACAGCUAAGUCUAUGAUUGAACGAUCUAACAGAGUGAAACGAUCAGACAAGCGUGCAAAGGAAUUUAAAUUAUACCGGUUUUUGGCCGUGGUACCAGGAAACGAGACCAAGACAUCUCCUGUUGUGUUCUCUGCUCCAGAGUCCGCAGUCGAUAAAAAGGAAUUUUCGAUCAAUCGGGAUAAAUCAAGGAAGGGAAAAGUCAUCGUGAUUCCAAAGGAAGAUCCGGAACCGGAAGUCAAAUAUCGAACGUCACUUGACCGAGAUUAUAUUGAUAGUUCCCGACAAGGAUAUUCUGAAAGCGGUAAUGACAGUGAUAUGGAUAACCCUGUGGGUGCCAAAUCGGAAAAAGUCAAAGUUCCUAGAACGGCCAACGUGGUGCACAGAAGGGCAAAGAAACACCAGCUUAGGCUGGACCGGGAGGAAAUGGCGGACAGGAACAUGUCUGACACCGAGGCGGAAGAGACCCGGCGUUCCAGUACAACUAGCGGAACUAUUCGUCUUCCAACUGUUAAUGACUUCCCUGAUGAACAGUAUUCCGACACAGAACACGAUGAUGAUUCUGUUAUUCUUCACACAGUGUUCAAUGUAAACAUUAAUAACAAUUCAGAUAUCGCAUUACGUCACAAACAAGAAACAGAAAAGCAUGCUCAUCAGGUUUCGCUUGCUAUGGAUUCUUACAAUCCAACAGUUUACGCACCGAAUCCGGCAUUUAGGGGGGCAGGUCGUGUUUAUAAAAACAAUAACAAAAACAGGUUGGAUAAUGGGCAAGCACUUCGAAAACUCAUGAUAAAUAUUCCUGAUGAAAACUCUGAGCAGACUGAUGUUAUUAAAUUGACUCUUCGAAAAGAGAAGAACGCUACCAGAGAGACUAGUUAUAUGACGGACAUGGUUGGGCGACACAGCCUCGGUAUGAUAUAUAACAGCGAGGCUUCAGACGAUAGUUUCGACAGGGGUGUGAUUAGGAUCUCUACGGUAUCAAUGCAGCAACGGGCAGGAAAGGAUCAGGACGAUUCGGUUGUAAAUCCAAGUAACUCAAUGGCGAAAAGUUGCAUUAAGGUCAGACAGAAGCUUAAGGCAAACAUGUACAGUGAAUAA